AUGGUCAUCAAAGCGUACAUGUUCAUUGCGGAAAGAUAUAAGCCUGGAGAUGUUGUUUGUAUAUUCGGCUACUCAAGGGGUGCAUUUGUUGCUCGAAAGGUUGCUGGUCUCUUGCAUAGAAUAGGCGUCGUGGGGUGCGAAUCCGAACUCCUGGCUCAGUGGCAGCGCAGGGAGAAACCAGUGCCUUGGGAAAGAAUCAAGGAUACUAGGCAUUCAGUACCCGUCAAAUGUCUGGGCGUUUGGGAUACUGUUGGUGCGAUAUACAGCAGCCCUGAUUGCGAAGAAAAAGACUUGCUAGGAAUGCCUGACUCAGAGCUCCCUCCAAACGUGAAGCUUGCGCUACACGUUCUAGCCUAUCACGAAAACCGCAAAAGGUUUCGACCAUAUGUGCGUCAGAUUUGGUUUCCUGGUGCUCAUUCGGAUGUUGGGGGCGGCGGAGAAAAGCCGACGGAUUUGCCCAAAAUUAGUCUCAUAUGGAUGGUCGGGGAACUGAGGGGAUUUAUGGACAUUCCAGACGACGAAAAAAAACUCAAAUAUCCAUUAUUGAAUAAUCUGGAACCAAGCGAUGCAUACAACGACUCUCCCGCAUGGAAGCGAGCGGUAGACAAGUUUGAGACGCGGUUGGAUAGUAAAGCUCUUCAGCCGACAGCAAAGGUCCACCAGACUUUGCGUGAUAUCAAACAGGAAAUGAAACGUGCCCAUGGAACUCAUAGACAACUUACUUUCAGCGAUCUGCUUGCAUUGAAAUGGAAUAUUCAAACAGGUCUUGUUCAGUGUAACACGCUGGAACGUUUGAAGCAAAGCCUCAGCGUAGACGGAGUAAUAUUCAGAGAACGACUACAGAGAGAUCGUACAAGAGCUUUGUCAAUGCCGCACUUUACUAGACCUCGCAUCGAAAGGCUAGCUGUGCCUUCCAGUCUUCAUAUAGCUGAUUUUGAAACAGAAUCCCCGACACAGUCCCCAACAGACCAUACGUCGCGACCAGCAGAGCAUCGGUGGUCAAUCAGAAAGCGCAUCACAUCAAGAGUCGCCUCGAUGUGA